AUGGAUGAGAAUAGAAUCCAUGAUCCGCGGAAGGUAACGCAGGCAUUCCCAGACCCCAACCUUCUGGAUUUCCGGGUCCUGAGGAACCUCCUCUGCUUAGAGAAGACACAGCUAGCCCGCAGAGUGCCUUUCUGCCAGUGGCCGCAGCAGGAGGUGACCAUGAAAAUGAUGCAGGUCCUGUCUCAGUGGUUGCUGGAGGUAUGUGAGCAUCAACAGUGUGAAGAAGGGGUCUAUCAGCUUUGCUUGUGCCUAUUGUGUACAUAUAUGUCCAUGAGCCCUGUGAAGAUAAGGCAGCUGCAACGUCUGGGGUCUGUUUGCCUUUUUUUGGCCUCCAAAAUGAGGGACCUGGUACCAAUUACCGUGGAAAAGUUGUGUAUGUACACAGACUACUCUGUCACCGCUCAGAAAAUCAUGACUUGGGAACUGCUAGUUCUUUCAAAGCUGCAUUGGAACCUAGUGGCCGUUGUACCAGAUGACUUCCUAGAGCAUAUCCUGGUGUACUUGCAGCUGUGGCAGUGGCUUAAAUUGAUUCGUAGACAUGCACAAACCUAUAUUGUUCUUUGCACAGUUGAUUAUAGUUUCUAUACAUAUGGCCCCUCAGUGGUGGCUGCAAGCAGUGUUGUGGCAGCCGUUUUUGGUUUAGGCUUGCUUCCAAGGUCUGGAACUGGGGUGGACCUGAUUCUUAACGUAGCUGCACUAAUAGAAGCAGACUCAGAUAACCUGCGGAAAUGUCAGGAGAUGAUGGAAAUUGCUUUUGCAAACACACUGCAUGGCACAAGACCUUUGUGAUGUUUAUCAUACUGAAUCUUUUUGAUGUCUAAGCUGCUUAGCUAGAGCUUGUAGCUGUGUGGACAGAUGAUCUUACCCACUUAAUACAAUAACCCCAAAGCAGUACUGGGGGCUUGCACAUGCUCACAUGAUUAGUUCAGAUAAGCAUGUCAUUGUCCUGUUCUAGUUUGAGGGGGCUGUAUAUACAAUUAUGUUUUGUAGGCAAACGUUUAAUAGAAUAGCCCUUACAUGCAAAAUCAGAGAAACACUCAUGAACAAAAAUAAUACAUUCAAUAAUGAAUGUCAAUGCCACAUUUUAAGAUUAUUUGGAUUAUUUUGUUCAGCGUUCUAAAGGAUUUCACUGUUCCUGAUCUGAUUUGGAGUAUCAAGGUUUGAAACUUAAUAAGAGGGUCAAGCCUUCUGAUAAGUAGCUCAUCCCGACUCUUCACACAACCAUGUUCCAAACAGAACUGCCCCUGCAUUAGAGAAAUAAGUUAUUUAUAUAAAAUAGAUUGAUUCCCAUUCCCUUGAGACACUAUUGAGCACACAUCAAAAAGUCAAGUAAUAUGUACAGCAUUUUAUGCUUGUCUUUCGGGUAAUAUCAGCCAUCAAUGUUGAAAACUAUCAGGCAGACAGUAAACAGGUUUGGCAGCGCAUGGUAUAGUGCUGCUACUGUGACCUAAAUGUUUCUACCCAAGUAAGGUAAAUUCGGCCUUCUUUAGCUGUAUAUAUGUUGUUUUGCUCUUUCUUAUAUUACCUCUACAACAUUGUGAUACCUCCACCCUGGUCAUUAUUCCUCAUCUGAUGAUUUAUGUCGACUUUUUGAUAUGUUUGUUCCUGUUAUACCGUUGGGGCG